AUGGAAUCAACGGCUACAGCAGCGCGCACCAUUAUCGCUAUCCUAUAUAUUGGUAUGAUGGCAAUUUCUAUACCUUUUAAUCUUCUCUUUAUCAUGAUUGUCAUGAUUAAAAAAAGCUACCGAACUCCCGUUAACGUCUUAGUUAGUAAUUUAUCAUUAGCUGGAUUGAUUAUCGCUGCAUUUUUGAUGCCUUUUAAAAUUUAUGAAUUAUUCAAUCCCAAGUCGGGAUUUGCAUUUCCGAAAUCCGUGGAUAUGUGCCGUUUUCGAUCCAUAACACCCGUAGCUUCUAUUUUUUGUAUUGCUUUGACAUUAGUGACAAUUUGCGCCGAUCGUUGCCUUGUUAUCGUUUAUCCCAUGAAACCAUAUUUAAAAAUGACCUGCAAGAAGGCUUAUCUCUUUAUUCCAAUUAGCUGGCUUAUUUCUUUCGUUGUCUAUAUUCAAUAUGCUCGUUAUACUAUCCUCUACAAUGCUAAUGGUGUUAUAAGUUGCCUGCCAUUUUAUCCUGAAAAUAAUACAACCGAUAUUACUAUUAGAAAUGCUACCGGUUAUCCAAUUAGGCAGAUUGAACUAACACGAAUAACUUUUUGGACUAUGCAUAUUUCCAUUUCCUUUAUUAUACCCAUUAUUCUCUUAGUAUCCCUCUAUAGCCUUGUUAUCUAUCGAUUAUGGAUCAGCCCUGAGAAUAGCCAAAGGCCAUCAUUCAUGACUAAGAAUGCAAGAGAACGUUUAUUGAGGAAAAGAAAAGUGAUUAAAAUUUUAAUCGCAUGUUGCAUAGUCUUUCUAGUUAACAAUGUUCCCUAUUUUGUUGUUUUUAUUAUCGUCGAAUUUCGCCUGUUGGCUAUACCUAAUGUAUCGUUAGUAAUUCAAAUCGUAACUAUAAUUUAUACCUCAGCUAUAGCUUAUAAUCCAAUAUUAUACGGUUACUAUCAUGUUCGAAGUAAAAAUGCUCUCUCAACUAAUUGUUGCUGUGUUCAUGCACCAUAA